CGUGAGUGGAGGCGGCGUUGUGAACCGCGGUGUGGGGAGGAUUUGGCUGUCUGGAGGAGAGGGGAGCUUGGAGGGCGAGCCGCUUGCGGGAAGGGUAUAGCCUGCGUAGGUCAGAGCGCAGAGAUCCCCUAGUGACCCUAUGCUGAACGCUGGAAAGGUGUCGCCCGCGGGAACCGUCGUGUCUGACUCGAGGCAAAGCUUCGACAGUCUUACCUCCGGUCUUCAGACCUAUUAGGAUACUUAUCUUGGCUGUGGACCAUGUCCACAGGGUCGGGGGGUUACUUGGUGGGGCCUCGGGGCUCCCCUCACCCGUCCAAAGGCGGGACUUCCGGUCCUGGCCCCCACCUGGGCGGGAUUUCCUGUUUUCUUCCUAGCGAAAUGGGUCUACCCUGAACCCCCAGGCGAAGUAGGGUGGCAUCUGAGCGGUAUAGAAAGAAUCCAGGCAUUCAACUGCCCCCGGCCACGGGUUGCAUCCUGGAGUUCCUCCCACCUUGGGCGGAAAAGGGGUUUACUUCCAGUUUGACAGGUGGUUGGAGAGCACUUCGCUAGUGUCACUCAUUCCUUGGGGGACUCUUGCCUCACCUCUUCCUGGAGUCAGUUUCCUGACUUCACCACUUCCCCUCAUCCUAAAAGGCCAGUCACCUUACCUCUCCCUUCUCCCUCCUGUGGGGAACAGGUCUCGCCUCCAUUUGGGGGAAGGGGUCUUCCAUCUCUCAGCCCCUUGGAAGAUACAGGACUUGCUCCCGAGGCUGAAGAGGUGGGAGACUCUCCUGUGGGGUACUUGGCUUGGCUGCUCUCCUGUUGGGUAACUGACUCCAGAGAGCCUCGAGGCCUUGGCAGAGAGGUCUGCGGGAGUCGCCUGCCUCCUUUUUGCCCUUGCCUCCUCUUUGAGUUGCGUGCGGGACCCUCAUGACCCACUCACUCCCACUUUACUCUUUUCAACUUCUAAGAUCUAGGAGAUUGAUCUACUCAGAAGUCUCCUCUAAGAGAGGAGUUUGAUCUUGAUGUCCUAAGGAAGUGAGAACUUCUGGCCUAGCACUACCAGGCUCUGUGACUGUGGACCAGUCAUUUCCCUGCCCUGAGCCUGUUUCCUCCAUCAGGUGGGGAUGACGUGAGGAGUGGCUGUGAGACCCUGAGCACCUCCCAGUUCUGUUGAGUUUUGGAGUCGAGCGGACAGCAAUUUCAGCCCUACUUCUGCCCUUUCUACUUGUGUUUUCCAGCCAGUACCUUAAGUUCUCUGAGCCUCACUUUUCCCAUCUGGAUUAGGAGAUCAUAAAUCUUUCCUCAUGAGGUAGGCAGGAUGACAUUUGGGGUUAACAACAGGUUCUGAAUCCAGAUGGCCAAAUUCAGGUCCCAGCUCUCCUCUCUUUAGCCGAAUGACCCUGGUCAAGAUAUUGAAUCUCCGUGGGCCUCAGUUUGCAACUGUCAAGUAGGGUCAUAAGAGCUCCUCCCUCACAGGGGUAGUGGGAGGAUGGGAUGAGAUGGUUGAUGACACACUUGGGUCCCCCACCUGUGGGAGGUGCGAUACCAACUUGCUCCAGGGUCUGUCAGGACGGCUGCUCGUUGUGCUCUCACUGCAUGUGGCUUCCAGCAAGGGCUUUGUACUCCAUUUGUAAGGUAACAGCUCCUUCCUUAGUGGCUCAGGUAGGAGGCGAGAGGACAGGCACAGAGUCCUGGCACAGAGUGGGUGCUCAGCAAACCCUGGCUUCUAUGAUCAUGAGUCACAAAGGGCCUGCAAAUUACAAUCAAGCUACUCUGCCCCCUGGAGGGCUCAAUCACAGCCCUGUUUCAAUCCCUUCAGUGAUGGGAGCCUGCUUCCUCUCUGAGGAAGCUCCUCAUCUGCCCAGCAGCCUGGGCUCAAACACUGUGGUUUACACAGUGAGGCACAGAGAAGGUCAAUCAGUGGUCCAGGGUCACACAGCAGGUUUGAGAGAGUCAGAGCAGGUAGCCAGGCCCGUUGCCACUUGUUCUCACCUUGUAAGGAGAUGCCUCCUGCAGGUGGUCUCUGUAGAGCUGAGCUGUUCUGGAGACACAGAUCGCCGAUCUUGGGCUGCUCAUAGUCUGAUGGAGGAAGCAGACAGAGGUACAGCUGUCACGAGCUUGUGUGACAAGCUCGUGCCUCUAGGGAAGGCAUCUGAUCCAUCCUGGGGGGUCUGGGGAGACUUUCAGAAGAACUGCUGGAACAGUCUCAUCAGAAGUACAAGAGCUUUUUGAGUGGAGUCCAGGCGUAGAGAGCAGCUGGCACGCCAUUUUCUGCUCCAGCCUGGCUCCCCAAGGCCUGCCACAUGCUGGGCAAAGCAAGGGCCUCCUAUGCUGGCUGGGGAAAUGGAUGUAGAUCUUGCUCCCCAGAGGGAUGUGUGCUUGGAUAAGGGUCACUCAGACAUUGUGGGAGCCCAUGGGUGGGGAAGGUGAGUGAAAGAGUGACAAGAAAAUGGAGGACAGGUGGAUGGAGGACAGGUGGUCCAGGUCACAGAGGAGGGGUCCCGCCUUGAUUGAAAGUCUCGGGCCUCAGGAUUCUGGAAGGAUGCGAGGCCGGGGGAGGCCCUCCAGUGCCAGGCUGGGGAGCUUUGACCUUGUCCUGGGGAUGCUGGGGAGGAGCAGGGUCAGCUCCAGGGCCAAAAGAAACAUGGUCCAAGCCACGUGUAUAAUUUCCAAUUUUGUGUAAGCCACAUUAAAACGAGUAAAAAGACAGAUGAAAUUUAUUUUCACCAUAUAUUUUAUUUAGCCAGCAGAAAUAAAUGUCAUAAUUUCAACAUUUAAUCAAUUUCAGAUGGCUCACAAGAUGUUUCACAUCCUGCCUUUUUGCGCUAAGUCUUUCAAAUCCCUUGUGGAUUUCACACUCGUGGCACCUACCACUUUGGACCCGUUACAUCUCAAGUGCUCCUGAGUCACGUGUGACUCGUGGCUCUGAUAUUGGACAGGGCGGGGCAGAGAGGAGAUACUUGGGCUGUGAGGACAGGCAGGGAGAACAGAUGGGGCUGCGAGAUGGAGAACAUCAGGGGAAGAUGGGGGAAGAUGCUGAGCUCGGCUGGGAUAGGGUGGAUAGGAGGUGGCAGCCAGGGACAGAUGGACACGUGGGGCUGGGUGCAUGUGGAUGUUCAAGUUGCGAAGCCUCAGCCCAGUGUCCUGCUCUGCCCCGCAGGGCGCGGAUGGCAUCGGGGCGCCCCGAGGAGCUAUGGGAGGCCGUGGUGGGGGCUGCCGAGCGCUUCCGGGCCCGGACGGGCACGGAACUGGUGCUGCUGACGGCUGCACCACCCCCGCCGCCCCGCCCAGGUCCCUGCGCCUAUGCUGCCCACGGUCGCGGGGCCCUGGCGGAGGCUGCCCGCCGCUGCCUCCACGACAUCGCCCUGGCUCACCGGGCUGCCGCCGCUGCCCGGCCCCCCGCACCCCCACCAGCACCACAGCCACCCAGCCCCGCACGGAGCCCACCCCGGCCUACGCUGGCCAGGGAGGAAGAUGAGGAGGACGAGGACGAACCAACAGAGACGGAGACCUCUGGGGAGCGGCUGGGCGUCAGUGAUAAUGGAGGACUCUUUGUGAUGGAUGAGGACACCACGCUCCAGGACCUGCCCCCCUUCUGUGAGUCGGACCCUGAGAGCACAGAUGAUGGGAGCCUGAGCGAGGAGACCCCUGCCGGCCCCCCAGCCUACUCAGUGCCCCCGGCCUCAGCCCUGCCCACACAGCAGUACGCCAAGUCCCUGCCCGUGUCCGUGCCCGUCUGGGCCUUCAAGGAGAAGAGGACAGAAGCACGAUCGUCUGAUGAGGAGAAUGGGCCGGCGUGCCUCCGAGAGGACCAGGGCCAGCUUCUAUCCGUGGCUUCUCCCAUUCCGCUGGGGGUCCGGCUUCUUGGAGGAGGUGGAGUCAAGUUGGGUAGAAGAGCCCUAAAUGGAGCAGGACAAGCCCUCCUCGCCGGACCUGGACCGUAUCGCGGCAAGCAUGCGCGCGCUGGUGCUGCGGGAGGCCGAGGACACUCAGGUCUUCGGGGACCUGCCGAGGCCACGGCUCAACACCAGCGACUUCCAGAAGCUGAAGCGGAAAUACUGAGGCCCAGGCAGGGAGCUUCCUGGCCUGGCGUCCGCCCCACACGACACUACACCCCUGCCCCGCCCCCGGGGCCCGCCAAUCCGAGUCAGAUCCGCGACCGGCCUCCCACACCCUCCGGCUCCAGGACUGACCAGUCUUUGCCAAUCCCCAACACCCUUCCAGCCCACGACCGAUCCCGCGCCGACUAGCGGGACCUGUCCAGUUUCCCUUUUGGGUCUGUCUGCUCUCAGCCCAGUGACAGAUUCUUUCUAUUACGGGAUUGGCUCGCUCCCCGAUCAGGGCGUGGUUAGGUCAACUGUCGUUUUCUGCCUAGCAACAAGGGCUUUGCUCGCACGGCAUUGGCUCCAUUCCCAAAGAGCACAGCCAAGCCCCAGGAUUGGGUGGUGGCCAUCCACUUCAGUUCCUUCCCUUGAUUGGCUCGAAAGCUGUAAAGGGCUUGACCAAUCGCCCGAGAGUCCUAUCCGCCCUUCCUGAUUUACCCCACCUGAUUGGCUCCAGGCUCCUGGGGGCGUGGCCAAUCUCCUCCUGUGCCCAGGAUUGGCCUGUGGCCUUAAAUUUACGUUCUUUACACUACUGGGGCUGGGGUCAUUUUUUGCCAAGGUCCUGCCAAUUGUUCCUCUGGCCCCCUCAGGGAUGGCCCAAUCCUGUUUCUGCUUCUGACACCCUCUGAUUGGUUCCAUCCCACAACAGCCUGCCAAUCAAAGCCCGUCCUUGUAUCCAGGAUGUUACCAGCUCCCAUCCCUUUCCCCCCACCCCCACAGGUGCCUUAAAGGGCCCUCGUCCACCCAAGGUGGGGGGCAGGGGGCCUCACUCUCCGGCCCUGGUGUGGGGGAGAGCGUGGGGGGUGGGGAUUGGGAGUUGGGAGGAGCGCUCUAAGAUUAAAGAGUUUUACUUCUGAGAAAUGAGUAUGAA